AUGCUUAAUCUUAUCCCUCCCCGAAGCUUUGUGCUUCAGGAAACUAUCCAGGAGAUCACUGGUCUAGUUGCGCAUGCGCAGGAGCUCACCACUCUAUACUUUAAGGCUCUUUGCGACUUCCAUGUGUUGUUUCCUCUAUUACAAGAUAUACGUUCUGUAGUUGCACAAAUCAGUGCCCUCAGCUCCACUGUUCCGCUGGCAAUGGAUGGAGUUGUUGCCUGUUGCGUUUCCUCUGUUCUUGCCUGCCUCAAACGAGUUAUAGAGGCCACUGUCACAAUAGGAGAGUCAUGUCUCUCUGCCAUUACUCCAACAUGGCAAUGGAACGAUCACAUCUACGAAGUACUUCACUCAGCGUAUGUCCAGACCGUGCUUGCCGUUAAUGCAGCAAGAUUUAAGCACAUAUAUAGCACCUUGCCUCUGAGCACCUCUCUCACGGUUAACUCCCUCUACAUCAUCAUUUGCAUAUUCUGGGAGAACACUAUCGGCUACAGGCCCACAGCGCCGGCGUCCGAAGUCCUCUCGUCUCUUCUCAAUUGGCUGGACGCAAGAGGCUACUAUGACAAAAGCACGUCCAUCAAUAAGACAGAGAAGAGUAGAGACAGCUUCCUCGCAGAUAUCACUGGCGCCGUGCCGAACAGCGCUGUCACCCCGAAUGACCUCUUUUGUUAUGCGCACAUCUUCAACUAUUUUCUCUAUGAAAGCCUUUGCACCAAUCUACCAGGAGUAUCUCUGGAGAGUCACCUCUACGAAUUGGUUAAGGAGGCCAGAUUGACGUUUAUGGAUAAUGUUUUCCCCGGUAUUCUGCCACUCACCAACGUGACGAAUCAGUCAUACAUCAAUCCCUGCUAUAACCUACCUUCGUUCGACACCUUUUGGCUCCAGUUUGAUCUGUCUGCAUAUUCAAAAUCAAGCUUGCCCCUCGCAAUCGCCUUUCCCCGGCCCGAGUUUAUUAAAGACACCGUGCGGUUUAGCGAGGAAAGUGUGUUGCUGAAUGAAGAAUACAUUAAGAUAUCUAAUUGUCAUGUCCUGGUGCAAAAGCUUAAGCUGAAGCUGAAGCCAAUUGACGAUGCCCACGAUAGCACGCUCUCCAAGGUCUAUACAGAUCGUGCUACAAAGCUUCAGGAUCUUUAUGCUUCUAUAACGCAAAAGCUUAAUGGUGUAGAUGCGACUAACAUCUCUUCUAUUCAGGACAGGUAUCUGGCCAACUUGAUAAUACUGAGGCAGCUCAGUUUUUGCUAUCUUCCAUCAGACUUGAAGCAUGAGCAUCUCUCGUACUACACUUCUAGGCUUCCGGUCCCGAUACUGGACCUGGGGAUCAUCUCUGUUCCGUAUUUGGCGGAGUAUCUCUUCCACAUCUUGAGGCACAAGUCUCCUACAGAAAGCCCGAUUGGGAUCCCGGCAGACUUCGUAACACACGUGUGUGGUACGCGGGUCUUCUCGGAUACAGCACCAUCUGUGGGUACACGGCCACCGCAAAAGGACACCAUCGAAUACCUCCUUUUCUGUCUCAACCAAAUACACCCGCAUAAAGGCCUGCACAUAGACUUGCACGCAGAUGAGCAUCUCCGCACAAAUGUCGUACCAAGUAACUCGGGAAGGGACUACGAAUUAUCGCAAACGUUGUUACGCACGGUCAACGGGACUCCAAUAUUGAUCCAACGGUAUAUGGAGCGAGAAUGCAAGAAGGCCAUGCUUUCUAAUAAGAUCAAGCUCACUGCAAUGAAGCUACACCAAGUGCAUCUUCUGGUCAAGCAGUCAAUUGACUCUGUCAUUAGCGAUUGUGUGGACUCUAUUAAGACGCACAACACGACGUACAAGCACAUGACCAAGGAGGAUAUAAUCCAAGAACUUUUUAGUGCAAGCGAGAUUGAGGGCUAUGAAAUGCUCACUAAAGAGAAGUCUAUCGGGGAUGAAAAGCCAACUGAGCCAGACAAACUCAACAAGCUAAACGAUCAUGUUUCGUUUAUCGUUUCCAAGAUGAUAACCAUAUGCUUGAAUACAGCCAUAAUUUGCGGGAGCGAGUUUGACAAAGAACUGACAAAGAUUACUGGGUGCAUACUUCCGUUUGGUGGCCUAUCUUGUAGGUUGACUAUGAGCUAUCUGAAUAAGCUUUAUAACAGAUAUAGCUCUAUCUCAGAGCAUCUCACGGAAGGAGUUAUGGGGGCGAUCUCGUCGCUUUGGGAAAUAGUAGCGGCCAAAACAGGCUAUUCUUCCGGGGCCUUGGAUCGUAUUUUGGUGUAUAGAGGUCUGCACAUUAAGCAAUCUGCGAUCACAUCACCCGAGUUGAUCCUUCCAAGCAUUUGCAAGAAGGACGAUUCUCGCUUGAACUACCAUUCGUCAAGGUUCCGGGACGAGCUCCUAGCAACAUGCUCAGGGCGAAAAGAGUGUGACAGCCCCUAUUUGGGGGGCGGUCCUGAGUUUCAUUUACAUCGGAAGACACAGGAGAAUGAGUACUUCAAAGGGCAUAGAGGACGAGUCCUUUACCACGAGGCCGGGUACCUGCCCCUUCGCACCUUUUCCCUAGCCAUGGUUCAAAUGGCUUCAAAUUUAAAGUUUACUAUCUAUAACGAUCUGUCUCUUUUAAUCUUUAUGUUCAAACACCUUCCUAUUUCUCUAUCACGGUCUAUUCUUAUCUGCCAGCUAUAUUCUCAAGCGGUUCUCAACAUUCCCAAGAUUCUAUCUGCAUCUAUAGCCUGUACAGAGCUUUUAAAACUCAAGCUACACCCUUCCACGACUACCAGUUACAUGAGCGCUUUCCCUCUACAGGAAUCCUUUUGCGUUAAGGGCAGAGAGUUGUUGGAUAAGCAGUCUAUUGUUCCAGCUCUCCUUUCUGAUUUAAACCAGCUAAAAUUCAACAUAGUUGUUUCAGGAACCCCCGGAUCUGGGGUCACAACGUUGAUCAAAUAUCUCACACUUUCUCCAUUGUUCCAGUAUAUAGAGCCGCUUUCGUCGGCAGCAGGAGAGCCAAUCCUCUUCAUGGAAAGUCACAUGGUGUCAACUGACAACAACGCAGACCGGCUUCCAUGGUAUUUCAAUGCCGAGCAGCAUGCAAGAAGGAUACUUGCCAAGCGAAAUUCCACAAAAGACUCCCUGUCAAUAGGCUCCUGGUUGUCCUGCGAUAGUGGCUGUAGAAGCACUUCCUCUGCCGAGAAGACCGAAAGCGUUCAGAAGCAAGUCGAGAAGGAGGAAGUUUCAGCUAAAGAUAGAACCGACACAGUAAUUUGCCAGCUGCUGCAGGAGAUCAAAGGCAUUUCUCUGGUCUCUGGUGCUCUGGAUCUUUUUAACAUUGGACUGGAUGACGAGCUGAAGGUGGCAAUGGAAGGCGGAAAGAAUAUAUAUGAAUAUGAUGAGAAUGGCACGGCUAUUGUUACCUACAACCACGUGGCUAUUAAUGAUAACAGCCUCUUUGUUGCUACACCCCCAAAGCAGGUCUCCUACUCUCAAAGUAAUGGCCUAGAAACGUGUGGUGGAUAUAGCAACUUCAUGAGCUUGUUCAAUACUGAGGCCACAGAUUUUCGCCCUAAGGGGCUCAUCGACUAUGACUCGUCUUCUGACUAUGUGUUUCACAAUCGCUAUGUUGGAGAUGAAGCAGCAGAUUCCUUUUCUGCCAAUGCCCAGGCUAUUAAACUUAGUGACCGUUUUGACCAAGCUGUUGCAUCCUUACCAACCGUGCUUCACGCAGAUAUUUUCAAGGAAAUAGAGCGCGCAGGCAACAAGCAGGCAGAGAAGGAUGUCCACAGCUAUGCUACCGGCAAGGAAGCAACACAAGUUUUGAGGAAAAAGCUUCCGCUCAUUGACUUCAAAAUGAUUCGGCAUGCAUCUACUCUCGAGCCCAUGGAACACUCUAUUGAUCUUCUUCCAUUCUAUUCUGGAAUAAAACUUAAUUUUAUAGAUGUGCCUCCUCUAUAUGCUUUUCCAGGAGCUAGGUUAAAUGCGACAAAUGGCUGCACCACCGAGGAACAAACACGCGAGGAUCUUGAAAAACUAGAAAAGAAUCUGGAGACAUCCGUAGCAAGGCAAAGCAGUAUGCAUGCAGAGCUGUUGACUGCUGUUCAAGCCAUCCAUUCCAUGUUUAUGCCUCCAGGACCAAGUUAUGUGCCUAGCGCAAAUCAGAUCUUUAUUUCACCAGAGUUUCUUGCGGCUCAAAGAGAAACGGCAACAGCGCUAGUCAACCCACAAACUCGUCAAAUACAGGCAACAGCCCUCGAAAGGCUCAUCGCAAUAGUUUCUGAACAGCAUACACGAGCCAGCCAACAGUUCGUUGCGGAAAAUACUGUCAUAGAGCAGUUUGUUGCCACUCUGAAAGUACAAUACGACAAAUUGAGUCUCGAAAACCCUCCUCAGCAGCACCUUGUGGAUGAAUAUAAUCGUCAGCGCCAGCUUCUUGAGACCCGGAGAACAGUGGGAAUCUCGAUCAGGAAUCUCGUCGACAAUCUGAAUAAGGAACUGAUCACAUUGCAAAGAAUCAAGGCACUGAGUUCAACUAUUUUGUCGGUUGACACGGAGAUUCAAGCAAGCAAGCAGAAGAUUGCUCAAGCAAGAGCUAUGCAAUCUGUGACAAGGGACACUGCGAACCAGAUCAAUCCAGUGCAUCUGGAGCAGAUUGGCACACUCAUAUCGAAUGCAGAACUCUUUAUUUAUGUCUAUGAUUGUACAUCAUCCAUCCACCAGUUCGGUGUGGAUCAGCAAGUAGUGGAGAGCCUCGCCUCUUCAUCCUUAUCUCAAACAUGCACACCACUCUAUCGCUACGUACCCGAAAGCGUAUAUUCUGAUCAAGUGAUCACCAUGUCUUCCAUUUACCAGAGGCUCUCUGCCAUUGGGGCGACAGUUCCUGGCAUUAUAGUAUGUAACAAAUGCGACAAUCUGGUGAUAAACGGCUCAAUAAAGACGCUUUGCUUUGGCCUCAGACUUGCGGAGCUCCUUGACUGGCCCCAUAUCUUUGCAAGCAGCCGCACCGGUGCAUUUAUCAACAGCGUACUUCGCCCAGUCAUCCUGCAAAAAACGCGAUCAAUCGCUGGGAUCCUUGAAGCCUAUGGAGACUCUAUUGCAAACAUAUAUAGCACACCGUUUCCUUUACCCAACGUAAUCCCCGCCGCAGUGCCAGAGUUCCUUUCUCUUCUGACCGACCACUAA